CUCAAAUUGUUUCAUUUCCCUCAUUUCUCCACAUCGAUGACUCAUCAGCACAACUGACACAACAAGCAAGAAGGCAGACGAGGCAGCCAGCCAACAACCACAAAGACACAUCGUCCGCGACCUUGUGCCUGCCCACCUUGUGCCUCUCUGCUGCGUUACUUCGCAGCCACCACCGCUAAACAACCUGCCUCCCCUCCCCCUUGCAAUGGCGACAACACGGGGUAGCGCGACUGCCACGCCGACGCCAACGACGACGACGACGACGGCGGCGGCGAGUAGUGGGAACAGCAGCAGCGACACAGCCAUCAAGCUGCCAACGCCAACACCAGCCAUUUCCUCGUCAUCAUCAUCAUCACAGCACACCACCACAAAGGCGUCGGCGUCCUCAACAACAGCGCCGCCUCCUCCGCCACCCACCUCACACACAUUCACGCUGCCGAUGCAUGUGCUGAGGUCACCCCAGUUUCAAAGCAUGAUGGGCCGGAAGCCGUCAAUCAACUCACCGAGCGCAGCUGUGUGGAAGUCCGAGGGGAUGGCAGUGUCCAUUGUCUCGCCCGAGCUCAGCUUCGUCAACAUGGGAUUCACGCCGCCUGGCAUGGGCCUUGGAACCCCAUCGUCAGCAUUUCUUCCCGCCGCCACACCGUCCGAUAACGCAAGCACAGCCCGCAGCAGCAGCGACCGCAACAGCACUAACCAAGCAUCAUCGUCAUCGUCAGCAACAGCAACAGCAACAGCAACAGCAACAGCAACAGUGGCGCCGCGCGAUGGUGCCAGCAACAGCAACAGCAACGGUGCAUCCGUACAGCAGAUGGAGGCCAACCCUUUCUCGCUCUCGUUUGCCAACGUCAAUCGGUCCAGAAGCAUUGACAGCAAUGGCAGCGGCGCUGUCGUUGCCCCUGCGACUGCGGUGACUGAGGCCAACCCGUUCUCGUCCAUGUUUGCGCGGGAGAAUGCCAAGCGCAAGGCGCCUGCGGCGAGGUCUGCGGCCGGCGCAGCCACGACAGUGACGGCACGCCGAUCAGGCAGACCGACAACCAGGAGCAUGACUGGGACGCGUGGCAGCAAGCGCGCCAAGACAACGGCAAACGCGGGGCGAUCAAAGCAAGGCAAGGGCUCUUCUACAGCAGCGACAAAGGCGCGAAAAAGCACGCGAGCAGCGGGCGGGGCCGCGCAAGUCACGGCCGGGCCAACGCCGCCGCCCAACGAGACGCCUGCGGAGAAGAAGAAGCGCUUGCGGCGGGAGAAGAACAGGAUUGCAGCGGCCGCGUGCCGGCAGCGCAAGGUGCAGAAGGAGGCGCACCUGUCCAAGCUGCUUGAUGGGCUGAAAAGCGAGCACGCCGAGCUUGCUGCAAGCGCCGCUGCGUUGGAAUCUCAACUGCUAACACUCAAGGAGACUGCCAUCGAACAUCUCCAGGCAUCUUGCACCGGCAUUGACCUGUCAUCCGCAACAUGAUGUGUGUAUUUUGUGUGUGUGUGUGUGUGUGUGUG